AUGUCCCAACUCGAGCGCUCCCUCAAAGCGACCAGCGUCUCAGAGACGCUAAGUACAUACAAUGAAUGGGCAAACACCUAUAACCAAGACGUCGAAAAAGAAGAAUACGUCGCUCCCCUCCUCGCAUCCCAGGAUCUACUCACCCAUCUCAACACUCAAAUCUCCUCCGCUAAGAUUCUCGACGCCGGCUGCGGAACAGGUCUCGUCGGCGAAGCCCUGACCAACCUCGGCGCCUCAAACAUCCACGGCAUAGAUCUAAGCCCCGGUAUGCUAGAAGUAGCCAACAGAACAGGCGUUUACAAAUCACUCAACGUCGCGAAUCUCGCUGAAAAGCUUGAUAUUCCUUCACAGAGCUAUGAUGCGGUUAUUUGUGUCGGGACUAUGACGGAGGGACAUGUUGGACCUGAGGCAUUUGAUGAGUUUGUGAGAGUUACUAAAGCUGGGGGCGUUAUUGUUUCGACGAUUCGAGAGUCGGUUUGGCAGGUGAAGGGGUAUGAGGAUAAGGUUAAUGGGCUUGAGGAGCAGGGCAGGGUGAAGAUUGUGGGGAGGAAGAGGGAGCAUCAGAGGAUUGGGGCUGGUGUUUAUGCCGUCGUGGGCAGCUUUGCGGCUGCUCAGUAUGAUCAGGAGAAGCAGAACAAGGAUGCCACCUGCAACAAUAAUUGUUUCUUCAAGUACUUCACCAAUAAAUGCAACGCCGAUAACCCGGCGUGUGUCUGUACCCUCAAAGACAUGCGCGAGAAGUUCUUCUGCUGCAUAGCUGACAAUUGCGCCGCGAACGUUCUCCCAGAACAAAGUGAGAGAUCUUCGAAUGAUUGCGAUGCUCACGGCAUUCCUUUCACUUUCGACGCUGAGGCUAUUUGUGGAAUUAAAUUGCCUGCUUCGUCUGAGACAGUCUCUGUUUCGGUGACUACCUCGGAAGCUACUACUGUUCCCAAGGCGAAGGCCACUGAGUCUGUAACUACGACUGAGGAGACAACAUCGGCGAUGGCCACGGUUGCGGCUACUGAGAGUUCGGCGGCGAGUCAGACUACUUCCGCGGCUGCGGCUACUGUCACGGAUAAUAACGCUUCGAGAGCGAAGGGUAUGGUUGCGGCGGCUGCUGUUGCGCUUGGUGUAUUUAUUUAA